UAGGGUUUGCGAGCAUAUAUAUAUAUAUAUAUAUACAUAUAUAAACCCGAUUUUCUCUCCCACCGAGGAGAGGAGCUUCGAAUCGCGGCGGAGGUGGUCGACACAAAGAUCAUCCAUGGGGAACUUUAGGUUUCAUCAGUAUCAGGUGGUGGGAAGAGCGCUUCCCACAGAAUCGGAUGAGCACCCGAAGAUCUUCCGCAUGAAGCUGUGGGCGACUAAUGAAGUUAGAGCGAAAUCAAAGUUUUGGUAUUUCUUACGAAAGUUGAAGAAAGUGAAGAAAAGUAAUGGGCAAGUGCUCGCCAUCAAUGAGAUAUUCGAGAGGAACCCAACAAAGAUCAAGAACUAUGGCAUAUGGCUGAGGUACCAGAGCAGGACGGGAUACCACAACAUGUACAAGGAGUACAGAGACACCACUCUUAAUGGGGCCGUGGAGCAGAUGUACAAUGAGAUGGCAUCCCGCCACCGUGUGAGGUUCCACUGCAUCCAGAUCAUCAAGACCGCCACCGUCCCUGCCAAGCUCUGCAAGCGCGAGAGCACCAAGCAGUUCCACGAUUCGAAGAUCAAGUUCCCUCUCGUCUUUAGGAAGGUGCGGCCGCCUACCAGGAAGCUCAAGACAACCUACAAGGCCUCCCGCCCUAAUCUCUUCAUGUAAGGAGAGAGUCUGAGUACUUUGUUUAGUUGCGGAUUUUCUAAAUUUUGUCGUUCUCAGCAUGGCAAUUUGUCAGUUUAUUUGUGUUCUAGUUUGCACUUGGAGUUGUUUAUUUGAGAUGCCGAAGUUGAUACUAGAAUUCAUUUCCGACUGUUGUUUGGUGGGAGGAA